AUGUCUUCUUCAAAAAAAAUUGAAAGUAAUGUUGAUGUAAACGAUGCUCAAAGAAAUGUUUGGCUUGUAAAGGUACCAAGAUACCUUUCAGAUAUUUGGAGACAAAACCAUGGUCAAUUUGUUGGUGAACUUGAUGUUUGGACUGAUCCUCAAGGACGUACACAAUGCCGGUUGACAAAUCAAGCAAAAUUUAAGCAAGAAGAUGGAAAUUCGGAGGCAAAUGCAAAAAAAAAUGAAAAUACUUUACAUGAUCCUGAUAUUAUUCCUUUAAAGAAACCAAGAUAUACAAGUUUAUUUCAACCAAGCGCAAUUCCAGUUGAACAUAAAUUUGAAAUUCGUUCCGUCAAAGAUCAGACAAUGUUUUUACUUAAUGAGGAUAAAUCGCAUUUGGCGGAAAAUAAAAAUUUAUAUUCUGGAAAAUUAUCUAUUCAAGGUAAGAUUGCAAAAAGAGCUGAAAUUCAACCACCUCCUAAUAAAGUUUAUAUGAAUAUGAAAAUUCACCAAAUUAAAGAAACUGCAAUUCCCAAAAGAACAGCAAUUUUAUUAAAUGAUGAUUAUAAAGAGAAAUUGAAACCUCUAGCUAAACAUGAAUUUAUGGUUAAUAGAGAUAAGGUAAAAAAAGAGAAAGGAAAAGCUUAUCGAAUGGAAAAAGAAACUUUGCAAACAGAGAUUUUCAAAUGUUUCGAGUUACAUCAAUUUUAUUUUCUUAAAGAUCUCGCUAAAAAACUUGAUCAACCACAAAGUUAUGUUCAUGAAGUUUUGAAUGAGAUUGCUGAACACAUCUCACAACCUCCACACAAAGGAAUGUGGCAGUUAAAACCUGAAUACAGAAGUUAUGGAGAUGAAUAA